UUCAGUCGUCACCGCUAAUAAAACCAAUUUAAACUUGUACUGUUACUAGACAGAAUACUUCCGAAAUCAAAAUGCGCAGUGUAAUCUUGCUUUUGCUUGUCGCCUUUAUUGUGUGCCUUAAUUUUGCACACGCAGUACCAGUGGUUGAGGUUGAAAAUAAUAUUGAGGCUGAGCAGGCAGCAGCUCUGUUGAGCGUCGAUGCUGGCAAAGAACAUGGCAACGAAUCACCAAGGGAAGCACGCCAUUACGGCGGACGAGGUUAUGGUGGCUAUGGUGGUUAUGGUGGCUAUGGUGGUUAUGGUGGCUUUGGUGGAUACGGUGGAUACGGUGGAUACGGUGGACCGGGUGGAUUUGGUGGAUACGGUGGACGCGGUGGAUUUGGAGGAUUUGGCGGGUAUGGUCAUGGUUAUCGGGGCUAGAAAGUUGACUUGAAGUUUCCUAACGGAAAUCAAAGUUAUACGAUGUGGUUGAAAUAUUUGAUCUAACUAUGUACAUGAAAAUGUACUAACAAAGUUAUAGUAAUAAAGAAAAAUCGAUUAUUACUUGA